UUCCUCUCCGGAGGAGGAGGGCAAUCCCUGCUUUUAUUUUUCUUUCCAGACGGCCUCAGUUGAGCACAAAAACAAACUUGAACCAGACGAGCUUUGGGUCAACACUGGGCGCUUGUGUCUUCGUCUGAAGUGGAGCAACUGAAGGCGUGUUACAGACGAGGUUUUCUUUCUUUCUAUUAAUCUAUUGUUGAAAAAAAGGGAAGGGCUCUGCCAAGAAAAAAAAGAGCAAUUGGAAAUUAAGUUAUGCGUCAGUGAGUGCGCACUUUACGCACCAUGAAAGUUUGAGAUGCGGGAUCAGCUCGUCUGUGUCUUCGUGUGCAUGUGUUCGCCUUGAUUUCCUUUGUUGCUGUCAGCUCUUCUGGACUCGCUCUGAUCAUGUGUCGUGGCUGAAAAACUUUGUAGCAAAAAAACCCAACAAAAAACCUGUGGAGGUCAGCCAGAGACAGCAUGGGGGCCAAACAGAGCAGCGCGGUGUUUGACGGCAGAGCUCGGGCUUAUUCCAGCUCCGAUCUCCCAUCUGGAAACUCCGGCGGAGCGGAGAGGUUCGGCUUUAGGUACACCAACGGACCCGACGGGCCCCGGAUCCGGUACACGGGCGGAGGACCCACCAGCUCCGGGCUCGGCAUACCGGCCGGCCGCAGGUCAGGGUCACACAAUCAGAGCCUGGAUGGCACAGAUGGAGACGACGAAGGCCAGCUGCCCCCUGAGGGCCACAGGCUGCUCAUAGGGUCCCUGCCGACUCACCUGUCCACCCAUCUGCUGGGAGGUUUUCACUGCCCUGUUUGCUCCAAGUUUAUGGCAUCGGAUGAAAUAGAGAAGCACCUGCUCAUGUGUUUCAGCAAAACGCGCCUCACAUACAACAAGGACAUCCUGUCCAGGGACUCUGGGGAAUGUAGCAUCUGUUUAGACGAGCUGGAACAGGGAGACACCAUUGCCAGGCUGCCUUGCCUCUGUAUCUACCAUAAGGGGUGCAUAGACGAGUGGUUUGAGGUGAAUCGCUCAUGUCCAGAGCAUCCUUCUGACUAGGAGCUUCAGAAGUACAGUUUGAGUCUACAGCACAUUGCUGUGGUCGACUGUGUGCCCUGACCUCAUCCCAACACUGUUCCAGCCGAGCUUCAACGCUCCUCAGGGAUUGCAAGACGUUAUUGUGUGCAGAAUUUUUCAGAUCGCCUCAUGGAACAGUGACAGACUUUGGAUAUGUUCCUCCACAUUUCAUGGGAUGUUGAAACAACCACUGGUGGAGUCAUUUUGUCUCCAGAAAAUAUGUGAAUGUUCCUUAAUGCCAUCUGCUGGCCUGAAGUGGAUUCAUGCAACCUGGAAUCUGAACUGAACCGUGUUGCCGAGCAGGGUGUGGUUUUGUAACAGAGGACUUGUGUGCCCAACAUGGUGGGAGCCUGACACCUCUUUUCAGUAGAGACCAUUCAGAGACUUAAUCAGAAGGCUGAUGUUGUGCAAUAUAAAAAAACAGCCAUACAGAAUAAAAAAUGUCAGCUUUAAGGGAUGAUUGCAGUGUUGAUGGUAGUCAGGAAAUAGAUCUUAAUUUCAAGGCAAAAUUGGCUAUCAAUAUUGUUUGUUAAGCAAUCAUGUGUCCUAGACCAAAUAGUCGAACGUGACUUUGUUAAUCACUUGGCCUUUUAGAACCACAGUAAUGUGAUUGUGUUGUUUAGUGGUGGAAUUAAAGUAGGUUAAGACAUAUCUAAUGAUGAUUCAUGUUGUCUCUAAGGAGUGCCAUAAUAUGCUGCUAUGUCAUAGACUGGAAAGUUUUCCUAUAACCUUUGAACCUGUCUUGGUUGUUCUUUCUAUUUGUACUGUAAUGAACUGCACAACAAUAAAUGUUUUGUCUUUGUGCCUCUUUCCUGCAUAAGA